AUGCAGGUUUCUACGCAGAAAUUAUACCAUGGAAUAUCCCAAUCGAUCAGCCGACAUGAGCAGGAUCUAGCUUCAAUAUGUGCAAAGGUAACAACCAACCGUUCAGAGUACUUGGCAAUACUGACCGGAAGAUAUAAGGUAAAAAGACAUGCCUAUGGUCUUGAGACAUCAUUUGUCGCCGAGUUUGGCAACGGCGGCAAAUUGGUUGUGUUCAAUGCUGAAUACGACGCCCUCCCCGGUUUAGGCCAUGCCUGUGGACACAAUUUGAUUGCAACGAGCUCCAUUGCCGCAUUCCUCGCAACGGCAGAAGCAAUUCGCAACCAUGGCUUCGAGGGCCGAGUCAGGUUGCUUGGAACGCCAGCCGAAGAAGGCGGCGGCGGCAAAAUUCGCCUGAUUCAAGCUGGGGCUUACGAGGGUGUUGAUGCUUGUCUCAUGGCUCACCCAACGGGUCGCAUAUCCCUCGAAGGAACGCAAGACGUCCACGGCAUCUCUGCAGCCAAGUCGAGUGCUCGCAGACAGGUUCAAGUCAUAUUUCGCGGCCAAAAUGCCCAUGCGGGAAUGAGUCCGUGGCAUGGAAAGAAUGCCUUGGACGCCAUCGUGUCAUCAUACGUUAACAUCUCUCUUCUUCGACAGCAGCUACCUCCCACGGCGCGGGUACAUGGGGUUAUUCGACAAGGAGGUGCAGAGCCGAACAUUAUUCCGGAUUCUACGAGUCUUGAGUACUAUCUAAGAGAUGGCACUACCGAGACAAUCCAAGACCUUUCUAAUAAAGUGGAAGCAUGUUUUGAAGCGGGAGCCAUAGGAACAGGGUGCCAGGUUUCCUGUACUUGGAAGUCAGAUGAGGACUACAUGGAGCUCCGCCCCAACCAAGCUCUCGUGAGCGACUUCACAAGACACAUGAAAGCAUUCGGCAGAACAUAUCUCGACGACGCAGGGCAGCCGCCCAUGGGAGCUUCGACAGACAUGGGAAAUGUCACCUACUGUGUACCCGGUAUCCAUCCCAUGUUUUCCGUCGGAACCAAUGACCCUACCGUUCAACCCCAUACGCCACAAUUCGCUGCUGCUGCAGCUACAAAGGAGGCAUUGGAAAGUGCGCUGGACUGCAGUAAAGGCUUGGCGGCAACAGCCUGCAGCGUGCUGUUGUCUGGGAGCUUGUCAGACGCCGCUUGGGAUGAGUUCCGGAGGGAUGUCCAGCCGAUUACGGGGAGACUUUAG